AUGCAACCUUUACCCAAAAUAUCUCCUUCAUUUCCCCAACGUCUUAAGAAGAAGAAUGAGGAUGAGAAGUUCAAGAAGUUUUUAUCGGUUUUCAAGACAUUAUCAAUUAAUCUCCCUCUAGUGGAAGCAUUGGUGGAAACGUCGGGUUAUGCCAAAUUUAAGGAGUUAGUCACAAAGAAAAGGAGCUUGGAUUUUGAGACAAUCAAAGUUUCUCAUAGUUGUAGUGCAAUUAUGACUAAUGAGCUGAUCAAAAAGAGAGAAGAUCCUGGAGCGUUCACCAUACCUUGCACCAUCGGCAUGCUCCAAUUUGCUAAAGCCCUAUGCGAUUUGGGAGCAAGCAUCAACCUAAUGCCAUAUGCGAUCUAUAAACAACUUGGGUUUGGUGAACCGAAAGCCACAACAAUGAGACUCUUGAUGGCGGAUCGAUCAAUUAAAUAUCAUGUGGGGAUACUAUAUGACAUCUUGUUAAAGGUUGACCUAUUCAUUUUCCCAACUGAUUUUGUCAUUCUUGAUUUUGAAAUAGAUGCUGAAAUUUCCAUCAUUUUGGGAAGACCAUUCUUGGCAAUCGGGAGAGCGUUGUUGGAUGUUGAAAGCGGAGAACUGAAGUUUCAGGUGAAUGAAGAUGAAGUAACAUUUAAUGCUUGUAAGUCAAUGAAACACCCAAGUGAUAUUCACGUGGUUUCCACUAUUGAUGUUAUUGAUGAGGCGGGGGCUAGUGUGAGCCAUUUGAUGUGUAUGAGUGAACCACUUAAAGUUGUGCAUGCUAACUAUAAUGAAUUUGAAACUCAAGGCUAUGAAGAGGUAAAAUUGCUCCUUGAGGUGUUGAGAAGACAUAUCAAAGCUAUAGGUUGGACUAUUGCUGACAUAGUGAGCAUUCCUCCCGUGUUGAACAUCAACGGGAGAUUGAACCCAUCGAUGCAAGAGGUGGUGAAAAAGGAGAUAAUAAAGUGGUUGGACGCAGGUGUGAUCUACCCUAUUGCAGAUAGCAAAUGGAUAUAUGGAUUGAGGAACAAAGCUAGGACAGAAAUGGGCAACAUAGAGAACACGAGCAAAAAAAGAGAAGGGAAAAACAACCCUAAUGAUCGCCAAUGUCACUUGGUGACUCGCAAAGUUGCCACUCUACCGCCUAAAGUUACAGAACACUGA